AUGUCGACACUUUUGUUUGUCGCAACGGCCUCCCCCAUCCUCUACCUGCUAUAUGUGCUGCUCUCUCGCUGGCAACAUGCCCAAAAUGCCCGUAAAUGGAACUGUGGGAGUGUGCCCUCUUACCCCGGUGAUCUGCUGGGCAUCAACACCCUGAAGGAGGCGCUGGCCAUGGACAAGGCUCGCCAGGUGCCCACUGUGACCCGCCGGCGUGUUGAGACCAUGUCCGCCCGCGAGAAUCGCUAUACCACCACUUUCCAAUUCCGUCAACUGGGCACCGAUGUCAUCAGCACCUGCGAUCCCAAGAACGUCCAGGCCUUGCUGGCCACCCAGUUCAAGGACUUUGAAUUGGGUCAGUCCCGUCGCAACGCUCUGCACUGGCUGCUCGGCCGCGGCAUCUUCACUGCCGAUGGCGACCACUGGUCUCGGUCUCGCGCUCUCCUCCGUCCUCAAUUCACCCGCGACCAGAUCAGCGACCUCGAUCUCGAGGAGCGUCACGUCCAAGUCGCCAUGAAAGCCAUGCCCGUCGACGCCACCGGCUGGACCCCCGCCACCGACAUCCAGACCAUCUUCUUCCGCCUGACCAUGGACACCGCGACUGAGUUCCUCUUCGGCGAGAGCGUCCAGAGCCAAGCCGCCGCCCUCAGCAAUGGCGCCAUUCCCCAAGACGACUUCCCUGCCCAGUUCGACCGCGGCCAAUGGUACUCUGCCCAGCGCGCCCGUUUCGAGAAGCUCUACUGGAUCAUCAACAACAAGGAAAGCCGCGCGAUCAACAAGGCCGUCCACGCCUACGUCGACCGCUUCGUCACCGCCGCCCUCAACUCCGACCCCGAGAAGAAACCCACCGGCCACUAUGUCUUCCUGCACGGUCUGGCCGAGGCCACCCGCGACCCCGUCGAACUGCGCUCCCAGCUCCUCAACAUCCUCCUCGCCGGUCGCGAUACCACUGCCUCCCUCCUCUCCUGGUGCGUCCUCUUCCUCGCCCGCCACCCGGCCUACUUCUCCUCCCUGCGCGCCACCAUUCUCGCGGAAUUCGGCUCCUACUCGUCCCCCCGUGACAUCACCUUUGCCAAUCUCAAGUCCUGCCGUCCCCUGCAGAACUUCCUCAACGAGGUCCUCCGUCUCUACCCUAUUGUCCCUGGUAACCGUCGCACGGCUGUCCGCAAACACCAACCCUCCCCACGGGCGGUGGUCCCGCGGGCACCGACCCCAUCUACGUCAAGAAGGGCCAGCCCGUCUUCUACAGCACCUACGUGAUGCACCGUCGGCCUGAUCUGUGGGGCGCUGAUGCGGAUGAGUUCCGUCCGGAUCGCUGGAACGAGCGCAAGGCCGGAUGGGAGUACUUGCCGUUCAACGGUGGGCCGCGGAUCUGCAUUGGGCAGCAGUUCGCACUUACGGAGACGGGGUAUGUCCUGGUCAGACUGUUGCAGCGCUUCGAUGUGAUUGAGGGCGUGGGCAAGACCAAGGAAGGGGAGAUCAAUAUGCAGAUGAGUUUGACGAAUGCGCCGGGAGAUAAUGUGACGGUUCACAUUCACAUUGACUUUGCCUCAAUGUAUUAUGUAAUAUCCAUACUUUUCGUGAAGAGGCGACUUAUUCGUCUAUAA